AAACAGGCAGUGGGGCACAGGCAGCACAACUGCCCUGUCCACCCCUUGCCAGUCCCGCAUUCAGCUACCCGCUGCUGCCUGUGUCCCAGUGAGGAUGGAGGCCAUCAAGAAGAAGAUGCAGAUGCUGAAGCUGGACAAGGAGAAUGCCCUGGACCGGGCGGAGCAGGCGGAGGCCGAGCAGAAGCAGGCAGAGGAACGGAGCAAACAGCUGGAGGACGAGCUUGCUGCCAUGCAGAAGAAGCUAAAGGGGACAGAGGAUGAACUGGACAAAUACUCUGAGGCCCUGAAAGAUGCCCAGGAGAAGCUGGAGCUGGCAGAGAAGAAGGCAGCGGACGCUGAGGCAGAAGUGGCAUCUUUGAAUCGCCGUAUCCAGCUGGUAGAGGAGGAGUUGGACCGAGCUCAGGAGCGCCUUGCCACGGCUCUGCAGAAGCUGGAAGAGGCAGAGAAGGCAGCAGAUGAGAGCGAAAGAGGUAUGAAAGUCAUUGAAAACAGAGCUCUUAAAGAUGAGGAGAAGAUGGAACUGCAGGAGAUCCAGCUCAAGGAAGCCAAGCACAUCGCAGAGGAGGCGGACAGGAAGUAUGAGGAGGUUGCUCGGAAACUGGUGAUCAUAGAGGGAGAUCUGGAGCGUACUGAAGAGAGAGCUGAGCUCGCAGAGUCUAAAUGUUCCGAGCUGGAGGAGGAGCUGAAGAAUGUCACCAACAAUCUCAAGUCUCUUGAGGCUCAGGCUGAGAAGUACUCUCAAAAAGAGGAUAAAUAUGAAGAAGAGAUAAAGAUCCUGACUGAUAAACUCAAAGAGGCGGAGACCCGCGCUGAAUUUGCUGAACGCUCUGUAGCCAAGCUGGAGAAGACCAUUGAUGAUUUGGAAGAUGAGCUCUAUGCCCAGAAACUGAAGUACAAAGCAAUUAGUGAGGAACUGGACCACGCCCUGAAUGACAUGACUUCCAUAUAAGUCUUGCGAUUCCAAACUCCACUUUGGAUUUGUCUCUCUGCUUGGUGGCUUGAUCUACAUCUGCACUCUGCAUUCACGCUCUCUUCAUCUCACUUUGAAUUCCAGUACCUUUUUCCAGUUACUGUGCACAGGGCAUCCCUGGGAAAGGGUGCUGUAAAGACACUGAAGCUUGACAGCAGCAGCAGCCCCCCAGUUCUGCUGCUCUUGCUCCCAAACAAAGCUCCCUCUGUGUGACCUGAUGUGCCAGACACAGCCUGCUCUGAGGGGCUGCCCUUUCUGUGUCGGGGGAGCUGGGAGGAUGUUGUUCUCAUCUGCAUAUCUUGUGUGGAGCCAUAAAGCUCCUUUUGUAUUUCUGUUGCCUCUUGCUCGAGCAUGAUGUCACCUUUUUUAAGGAAAACAGUUCUUAUAUAAAUGGAACAGAAUGGCUGGUGCUUUUGAGAAGUGGGAUUCUAGUGACCACUCGCUGCUUUAACAAUGUUUCAGCAUUGCCUUCAAACUAGUAUCACCUUCAGUGGAACACAGACCUCACUAGCAUGCUGGAUUUUCCCUUGCGUUGUGUUGCUGGCUCCCAGAUGCAAUGGCAGCACUGCAGACGGGGCCUGUGGGGUCAAACGGGAGGCUGGGGGUUGCAGCAGGAGACUCUGGAGCUGUGCCUGACUGAAGACACUCCUCAUUCGUGCCUGCUCUGGAGUGCUCACCAGCACCAGUUGCCAAGCACUGGCUUGCAGUGGGAGGUCACACACCUGGUAGUCACUAGGCCAGGGCGUGGAAGCCAAUAAAUAUUGCAUGAGCUCUG